AUGACGGAACAGCAGGGAACCCCAGACCAGCUGCCUGCAGAGAAGGGCCAGGGAGGAGCUGGAGCCACAUAUAAGUUGGCAGUUUUUGAGUUCGAGAACUUUCGUGGAAAGAAGGUGGAGUUGUCUGGUGAAUGUAAAAAUGUGUUGGAGAAGACACAGCGAGUUGGCUCAGUCAUUGUGGAGUCAGGACCCUGGGUAGGGUUUGAGCGUCCAGGUUUUGCAGGAGAGCAAUUUGUGCUCGAGAAGGGAGAGUAUCCUCGCUGGAGCACUUGGACCAACUGCCAGAGCAUCUACAGCCUGAGCUCAUUCAGGCCUCUGAAAGUGGACAGUGCAGAUCACAAGCUGAACCUGUUUGAGAAUGCAGGCUUUGAAGGCAGAAAGAUGGAGAUUGUUGAUGAUGAUGUCCCCAGUCUCUGGGCUCAUGGUUUCCAGGACCGCGUGGCCAGUGCUAAGGCUAUUAGUGGAACGUGGGUGGGAUACAUGUAUCCAGGCUACAGAGGGAGCCAGUAUGUGUUUGAGCAUGGAGACUUCAAGCACUGGAAUGAUUGGGGAGCCACUGCACCUCAGAUCCAGUCCGUCCGACGUGUGCGGGACAUGCAGUGGCACAAGAAAGGGUGCUAUAUUGCCCCUGCCCCUGCCCCUACACCUCCCAACCCCACUCCCGAUCCCAACCCCGUCCCUAACCCUAACCCUACUCCCGCUCCCAACCCCAAAUCCCAAACUCAACCCCAAUCUUAACGCCACACCUCCAGCACCUCCUACAGCAACUGGGGCAAGAUGAAGGCCAGGCCAGCCAGGACCCAGUCUC